AUGAGCGCCAUGGGUCCCGAUGAGCGUCGUGAGUCGUCGCGGCCGAGAGAGAGAGAAAGGAAGAGGAAAGAAGAGAAGAGGAAACGAUUGAGCAAACACAACCUCAAACAACAGAAACGACCGAAUCUUGACUCUCGAGUUACGUUGAAAACACAAAUCAAGAGGAGGCUCACCAUCGCAACUUAUCAGCACCGACCUAGACGCUGGGAUAGUAGAGCAAAGAGACAAGCAAGUAGACGAUACCUACCUUGCACAGAGUCGGACAUCACCGCCCGGGAUCUCUGGAAAGUUGGAACGUUUGAACCGCCAGCAAAGAACGGCGACACUUGGAGCGACAGCAACCAACCCACUUACGCAACUUCUCCAACUCUCCAGUCGCACCCGUGGACCUUUACGGUGUACCCGCACACAGGCCGCAUUCCCCACGGAGGAAUCAUUUCGUCCUACCUGGAACAAACACUCCCAAAAAACCGCCCCCAACCAACAAUUACAGGAGACCCCAGAAACCGCUGCACGUCAACCGCACCGCUUUUCCGGGAACUACCUAUUCAAAUCCAGAGAGAAAGACAUACUUCGUCACUCCCUACACCUUCUCCUCAGCAAGGUUGGUACACUACUCUGCGCAUCCUCCAAUCCCCUUCCCUUCCUUAUAAUGUAGCCUUCCUCACCCCCCUCGUUGAGUUGUAUUCCACGACUCAGCCUCACAGCCGCUUCUUCCGCCACACAUUUAUUAUACAUGGCAUACCCGCCCUCUUCCGUUCCCUCUCCUUGCAUCGCAUCCAUUCACUUGCUCUUCUCUACCUCUCUUGUUCCUUUCACUCCUGUGUUGCGGAUAUCAUAUCUGACUGGCCCAAAUCCAAGCAGUCGACUGUCACUGUACAGGGUCCGACAACCACCGCAGUAAAGAAUUCCACCUGUCCCCGAUCCGUCCGAACCGGCGGCAACCCAUUUCGUCCGUCGCACUUUCUCACGCACUCUCGAGUGUCACCACCAAUACUUCAAUCCGCCAUCCCGCCUACCUAUAAUAGUGGGCACUUCACAGCAAGCAAGCAGACCAGGAAGCAAGCAUCUGCAGCGCCAAGUACGGUAGCAAUACCAAGAAAUCAGCACACCAUCUUUUCCUGGUAUUGGACCCCUCCCUUCUCUUUCUAUCGACAAGAGCUCCUUUCCGCCACCACCACCAUUAUCCUCACUCUCACCUCUAUUUCCUUCUUGUGCAACGUCAAGCGUCAGACGGAAAGCCGAGCCAAAGCGUUAUUCUCGUCACCUCUCGAAAGGAACAACAGCUACCGUGUAAAGUCGGGAGACUGCCCUGGGUGA